AGGUUGGAGGAAAACGUUUGGCAGAGGCGAUGUCUCACAACACAACUCUAACAGAACUCAACGUCGGCCUGACAGACGUCGGCGAGCUGAACGCAGCCUUCAUUGACCAGGUGGUGAGCUCCAACCUGGCUUCAGGAAACAAAACAACAGGAUAACAGAGGGAGAAGGAGUAAAACACCUUUAAUAUAAAACUAUUAAAACAG